GACUACAUAGCCAGAUUUGGACAUGGAAAUAAAAAAAUGGCACGUCAAGCACAAAGUAAAGAGAAAGUCUUGCAAAAAAUGGUAGCUGGUGGGUUAGCUGAACGUGUUGAAGGAGAUAAAACGCUGACAUUUUAUUUUCCCGACCCGGGUAAAAUACCACCACCUGUUAUUCAAGUUCACCAAGUUAGCUUUCGAUAUGGACCAGAUAAAGUAAGACUAAGUAUUGUUAUAGUGAUUUUUUGGCCAAUCUUAGCAUUUCUUGCUUAA